CGAACUCAUGGGAUAACACGCCUCUUACGCAACAAAUACAGGCACCUUCUUUGUGUCAAAGACUGUCAAUCAUAUAUUUUUCGGCACAUAUAUUUGCAUUGUACAGGCUGUUACCAUGGAGAAUUUCUUUGUCAAACUGGGUAGAGUUCCCACCGUCCAAUUGAGCUGCACGUUCUCUCCAGGAUCCAAGCAGCCGGGGCAAGAGCCACUUAUUGUCUUUCUUAAUGGCAUCAACAUUCCACAGGUGGCCUGGUUUCCAGUCGCCACGAUUCUCAAGAAAGGUCUCUUAGAGUGCCCUCCGAUGUUGAUGUAUGAUCGAGUUGGUCAAGGAGCUUCAGUUGGUCGGAAUCCAGAAGCGCCCGGGAGGCCCAAAGGCCACGGUCGUGAUUGUCUUGACGCCGCCCACGACCUCCGAGAAGUGAUCACAUUCAUCAAGGAAACUUGUAUUGGUACCUCCUACAUUCAUGUCGACAGUCUGCGGAUCGUGAUCGUCGCGAGUUCUGUAGCAUGCGCUAUUGCUCGACUUUACGCUGCUGAGUUCCCAGGAACGGUGGUAGCAAUGGUUCUUCUGGAUUCAACCCUCGCAAAUUCAGACACAGUAUCACUAUUCCCCGAUCCCGAAUCUCCUGGCUUUUCUGCAUCAGAUUUACCCGCUGGAGUUAGUCCAGAUCUUUGUGCAGACGCAAGAAAGAAGAUAUUCCCAAUAUAUGGUAGUGAGAGCAGAAACCCUGAGGGAAUCUGGCGAGGUACCCUGCCCACUCUUUUGCCACACCCAGACUCUCCGACGCUACCCAGAUCGAAGUCAGGAAUGCCAUUUGUGACGGUCGUCGAACAUGAUCCUGAGAUAUUCCCGCUUCAGGUGAAGAAAACAGUUGGUCUUCCUACAAUCAUGACAAAGACAUACUUUGACCCGGCUUGGCACCAGUACCAUAUCGGCCUUGCACAAAUAACCUCGCCGGAGAUGAGUAAGGGACCUAUUAUUGCCGCUGGCUGUGGGCAUCUUAUCCAAAGAGACAACCCAAAGCUAGUUGCAAGUGAGAUUGUAGAGAUCCUGGGGAAGCUGGGACAAGACACACAGUCUCGUCUAUGA